GCGCUUACACCAACAGAGUUGGCAGAAGCAUUCCUGUCAUCGCACCCCAGAGAGGCCAGCCUGCGGGGUAGUAAGCGCGCUUAACACUCGUCGCCAAGGGACAACAGUCUUCCACGGCUCGCAACAACAAGAGCAUCAGUAUCACCAUCCCGGGACGAAAGAACAACACGCUCGGCAGGGAACAGCGAUCGCGAUGAAGCACGACCCUUCUUCUUCGGACGGCGCAGUCUACGCGUGCGGCUUCCAGAAGAACAAGUACCUCGACGGCGAGCGCCGAUGCCACCAACACUGGCCCGAGUUCUGCGGCCGAUGCAAGCUGGGGGCAAGCCCCAUCGACGGCGCCAUGGCUCGUGGCCCGUGCCACCGCGUGCGGUUCUCGGCGCGGGCCAGCCAGUGCGCCGCCACGGCAGCAGCGAUGCAGCCGGGGCGCGGCGGCCACUGGACCAUCAAGCUGCCCUCGUCCGACUUCCUGCUGGCCGCCGCCGGGGCUGCUGCGACCACACGACCCGCCACCGCCGCCGCCAAGGCGGUGGUGGGAACCAAGCCUGCCAUUGCUGCUGCUACUGUCGCGGUUACGGUCGAGCCGCCGCAGCCCACACAGCCGCCGUCGCAGCCGCCGUCGCCGCCGCCGCCGCCGCAGGCCACGACGAACCACAACUACCAGCACCAUUCGCAGUGGGCACUGCAAAACUACAUGCAGCUCGUUUGCCGCGACAGGCGCGCAGGUGCCUCGCAGCUGCCGCCGCAGCAGCCGCAGCAGCAGCGCCACAAGCAGGCUUCGUCCCGCCUCGCGGACGUGGUUGCGGCGGGCACCUUCUACACGGCGACCGCGGCGACGUCCUACUGGCAGCAGCAGCAGCAGAUGCCCGACGACUCCUACGUCGUGUACCGCACCACCGCAGCCGAACAACGAGUUUUCCAGCAGGUCGGAUCAUACGCGUCGUGGCGUGACAUGCGCCCCAAGAUUGGCUGCCUGCCAAUCGGACAGACCACGUGCGCCGACGGUGACGGCCACCACGAGCCCAGCGACCACCAGGACGGCGGGUUCACGCAUCAGGGCCAGCUGCAGUCCUUCCUCGCGUUCCAACACCAGGAGCACCAGCAGCAGCAGAAUUGGGACCAGGACAGCUACCUGCCUUACCAGGACGGCGUGCCGGGCAUCAACGGACAGGGCGACGGCGACGCUCCCGCCUACGGAGGUGGCGCUGCAGCGCUGGGCGGGGCCGAUGGUGCCGACGUGCUUCGCGAUGAGCAAGACGAAGUGGUCGCGCUGCUGGCGGAAAUCGACGAGCGCCACGAGAAACACCUGGCCUUCGAGCGGGUGCUGCAGGAGCGGGAGCCCACCUUCUGGAGGCACAGGUGGCGCACGCAGACUCAGUUUCCGUCGCAGCACUUGCUGUUGCAGCAACAAUUCAUCGGCACGGCCGGUUCGUGCGACUCUGUGGACGUCUUCGUGGACGGCGGUGUCUGGCGUUCGGUAUCCGAUAAUGGCCUCUACGACCGCAGUGAUCGCAGGCUCUGCCCACCGUUCAGGGUGGUUCAAAGUAGGACGUCUUCAGUCUUCUUCGCUCGGUUCGCUGCCGACGACAUAACUGCCAGGUACGGCCGAACAACGGGCUCGCCAACGCCUCCUCCAUCGAGGGCUAGCACUCCGAGCCCGGUCCCCGUCGUCGCUGUGGUGACGAGCACCCCUCCGCCCCAGGACACCCCCGAGCCAGCAAACACUGCCACGUGCGCUCCACCCGAGGACAAGAACGAGAACUGCGUCGAACCGAAGUGCGCCGAAGAAGCCAGCGGAGGCAAGGUCGAGGAAAAGGCGAGCCCCUUAACCGUUCAUCGCGAUUCGCCGGUUCAGGUUAAGGAAGCUGCGUGCGCUCAGCCGGCGACGAAGAACCAGCAGCCGCCGCAGCACGUGCAGAGGCAAGAGCCUGUGGACGCGACGGCGAUCCAUCAACAGCGGAAGCCUGCCAAUGACUACCGGCGGUCCACGUACCAGCGACGCGAGUACCACAGCACGCGUCGGUACAACGAACACGACCAUUCGACGCCGCCACCUUCCUCACUAGACAGGGCCCCGGGAGCCGGGAGGCAGUUCAAGACGACCGACGGCGGUCGUUUCCCCCAGAACGGGCACUGCAGAGAGGCCUUCAACAACCGACCGCCAGCUAACCACCACCACCACCACCACUCGGACGGCGGCGCCUACGCGAGGGGCCAGCAGCAGCCGCCCAGAGGCGGGGGCCACUCAACGAACCGGAACCGAAACCGCCCCAACAAUAACAACCGCCAGUGCAACGGCGCCAACCAGUGGAACAAGGACAGGGUGAGGCAGGACGCCGGCCCGGACGUCGGCAAUCGCGGUGGGUUCGCCGGCCACCGCAGUUCGCUGCCCUACUGUUGCCGCAGCGUCGCCGGAGGCUCCAGGGUAGCCAGCCCAGCGGACGCGUCGGCACCAACGCCGCCACCGCCACCUUCGCAUCGCGGACGCCGUUAUAACAACAAGCAGAGUGCCGGUGGAUCAGGAGGGUGCGGAGGACAGGCACAAGCCCAGAGGCAGUACUCGGCCUCGAAACCGAGUACACAACAGGUACCUCCCACCUCCCGUGACAACCAGUCCGCCGGCGCUAAGUCUGUGGCGGCCAUCGACAACAAUGGCGGCAGGCCUCCUUCGAACCGGAAGCCCAAUGGGGAUGGCUCAUCGCGUAAGCCCCGCAGGCAGCAGCAGCAGCAGCAACAACGUGCAGACUACAACCAGCCGCGCUGCGCCAGUGGCAAAGCCGGCGAGUCGGCAACCACCACGUCACCCACGCCGGACUCGCGCAAGUCCUGCGAAAGCGUGCCCACUGGAUGCGGCAAGGGCGACGCUGCCACGGCAGACUGCGCCGACGGCGAUCUCCCGGACGAUGGCCAAAACCGUCGCUCCAUGUCUCUCAGGAUGUUCUGGGAGAGAACCAACCUGACCAUCUUUCGCAGACGGACAUCCCAGUGAAACAUCGGCUCGUAUUGGCACACCUCGAAGCCGCAACUCCACGGUGUGGCUCGCUGCGCGCGCCCCAGUUCGGCAAGAGACGCUCUCUAACACCAGACGAGGCACCAAACACGUUGCACUAAAAGCCUACUUCCAACCUGGAUCUCUAGCGUGCCUCAUCUUUCGUUAAAGUCAGUGCUUCUUGCGUUGGCUUGACGGUUGACGGACAACGCGUUGGUUUGCUGACCUGCAUGAACUCUUCACUUGUACAUUUUUCCUGCUUUGUGGACCUUCUCCACCAACGUUGUGUGUGAAAGUGAUUUUAUUUUCAUUAAAGCUUGUUUAC